AUGUCGGAUUCCUCUUCUGAUUCGAGCUCAUCGUCAUCGUCGGAAGAAGAAAAGAAAAAGAAAAAGAAGAAGGAUAAGAAAAAGGACAAGAAGAAAAGCAAAAAGAAGGACAAAAAGAAGAAAAAGGACAAGAAGAAAGAUAAAAAGGAGAAAAAGGAUCCAUACUCGAAAACUGCCCAAGAGAAGGCUCGUUUAGAGGCUCAACAGCGGCUGAUGGGCAUCGACACGAACAAGAAACAGAAGAAGAAGUCCAAGAAGAAGAAGACUUCAUCCAGUGAGAGCUCUUCAGAGAAGGUCCGAAAGAUGCAGGACCGAAUUGAAGACCAAACGAUGCAGCGCGAGCAAGAACUGGCAGAGGAGGCCGAAAAAGCGGCGGAACCUGUGCCGGAGAAGUCCUGGGAGGAGAUGACCUGGACUGAGAGAGCAGAUCAAGCGGCCCAAAAAGCGGAAUCAGAAGCUAUUUGGAAAGGCGCCACCAAGGCCCAGGCCCGCAGCCUGGGGGCUCGGGCCCGAGACAAGGUGAUGCUGCAGGCAGUGGAGGAUGGCUUCGUGACGACUUUGCCACAGAGGGCCAAGUUCAACGCUGCCACCGGGACGCUAAUGAAAGGCUGA